AGGAAGGAUUCACUUUUUGAAUGAGCUGCUGGAUGUCAGAACGGAAGAGACUUUCACCUGUGUUUACCAUGGCAGCAGCGAUAUGUUUGAUAUGUGUAACUGUAAGUCAGGACAAAAAUCUUGACAAUUUCUGGAAUUAUAGGGUUUCUCUAUAACUGUGAUUGAUCCUAAAUCAUGAUAUGAUGUCGCGGCGCGGAGAUGCUGUUUUCGAGCAUUACAAGCUAAGUGAAGCUAAUGGUUAGCAUGUUUGUGUGUUUUUAUCACGGAGAACAACGAGGGCAGAGAUGCUGGAAAACAGAGAGGGGUAAGAUAUAUACAUAGGAAGAUUUAUAACAACCAUUACUCACUGCACUGUAUAAAACUUUACGUGUACUAACGUGUUAUUGUGGCUGUUCAAGGUGUGGUGCAUUUAUGUUCUUGAUUAUUCAGCCGAGUAACCACUAUGUAUCUUUACACCCAAAAAUAUAAUACAACAUUAUCUAGAUUCCCAUAGUGAUGUGAGGUAAACCAUCAAUUUAAACAUCGAGAAGAGAAGAAUUAAAAUAAUUAAUCUUGCUUUAAUUGAUAACCACAUUACACAGUUAUUUAGAAAAAACACAACAUAUGAAGUGUAAUGAAAACAAUGUAAUAACAAAGCUACAUAGAUGUACAUCAAUAUGCAGCUGUCCUUUGGCAUCUGUGACUCAAAGUCAAAACCACCAGUCCAUUAACCCUAAUGAUUGUUAUGUAACAGUUUUGUCAUAUUUUAGGUGUUGCAGCUGUGUGAAAUUUUAAGGAAGCUGCAAGGAUGUCACAGUCGGCCAAGGGUGACUGACCAAGCAGGUACAUUCAAGGUACAUAAGCAGCAGGAGUGAUGAAAGAAGAGAACAGAGCAGAGAGUGAAGGGGAGACUCUGUUCGAGGACCAGGACUUCCCCCCUGAGGACGCUUCCCUGUUCUGUGACAGAUCUACACCCAUCGCCAGGUUGCAGGGAGGCAUCACGUGGCGUCGCCCGCAGGUAAUCAGUGCCAAAGGUGACUGGGAAAUGCCACGGUGAUUUCCAUGUGGUGUGUUUGUUUUGGUUGGAGAUUGUAGAUUUUUACAGUGCUGUCAAGAUUGCUGACUUUUUGGCACAGAGCCAACUUAAUUUCAUCACCUGCAAGACUGUAGAGAGAUUUCCUUGAUCAGCAGGUGAAUUUUAUUUUAAGAGUAUUGUAUUACAGGUGAAAACAUGGUCAGUACCCCCCCCCCCCCCAAAUUUUUUUUUCCUCUCGUAACUAUUUUGUGACAUACAAAAUUGUGUAACAGGGUACCCAGAUCUGUGAAUUAACAAAUAAAUCUCAUAUUAUCCUUUAUCUUAAGAUUUAUUUAUUUUAGUGUCAGAAAAGCUUCUGUUUUUCACUGUUUCCAAAACCCACAACAAGAGUGAUUUCAACAUCAUACUGAAGUCAGUUUAUCUAUCGUAAGAUUAAUUUAGGGUCAAACACACCGUAAUACCAAGUUAGAUACCCCCCCCCACAGAUGAAUGUUGCCAACCGCUUGCUUCUCUAGUUAUACCAACUUUACCAACAACCGCAAGAUAGCGAUACACAGCGGUCUUAGGAGCCAUAAACAAACCUCAACCAAAACGCCACUCUAUAGCCACAAAUAAUGCUUGGCAACAUUCAUCUCUCGAGGGGGUGUCUAACUCUGUGUUACAGUGUGUUUGACCCUAAAUCAAAUUCAUGCCGGAAUAUCCCUUUUAAUUGUCCCCUCUGUCUUUUUCUAACCUCCAGGAGAUCUGCCAGACUCCAACUCUCUUCCCGGACAUCAUUCACCUGGGCCAUGCCAAACAAGGUUUAUUAGGAGACUGCUGGUUUCUCUGUGCCUGCACCUUCUUACUGAAAAACAAGCAUCUACUGGAUAAGGUAACAGCUCGAGCUUUCUACAGAAUCUUAAGAACUCACAAGCAUGUUACAAAGUGUAUAUCCCAUACUACUCAACUAACUUACACUGUGGUGUUCUGUAGGUAUUUCCCCCUGACCAGCCUCAGUGGGGUGACAGCAGGUACAGAGGCUCCUUCCACUUUCAUUUUUGGCAGCGGGGGUACUGGACAGAUGUCACCAUUGACGAUCGGUUGCCCUGUAUCAAUUCCACUCUCUGCUUCUCACGCUGUCACUCACCCUCUACCUUCUGGGUUGCCCUAUUAGAGAAAGCCUAUGCCAAGUAAGCAGCAUGAAAAAAUUCCCCUUUAGUUAAUCAGAUGAACUUUGCUUUUCUGGAGUUUUAAGAUGCUUCCCGAAAGUUUUACAGACAUGACAUUGCAUUAAAUAUUCCAAGUGAUAUUUGGAAAUACCCUUUGUUGUCCCCUUUUCCUCUUGAGGCUUCAUGGCUCCUAUGAGCGACUGUGGGCAGGGCAGGUGUCUGAGGCUCUGGUGGAUUUGACCGGGGGCUUAGCAGAGCACUGGAGUCUGGGAAACUUGGGAUCAGAGGAGGAAGAAAGACCAGUGGAGGACAGCGACCAGGUCAGAAGGAGAAGGCUGGACCUGAACCUUCUGCACUCAGUGAAAGAUGAGUGUGCGAUCAGCUGCUCUACUCACAGCAGCCCAGGAGGUAAGAAAGUUAAAAUGAUGAAAAUAAGGUCAUAAUGAGCAGAUUUAAGUACGUAGGAUCAGGCACUACAUGACAUGACGACUACUUGACUGUUUUAGGUGCCAGUGAGCUGGAUCAGUACCAUGCAAUGACUGUCAUGGAGUGGUUGGAUGUGAAGACAUUAUCAGGGAGUGAAGUGCUGCUGCUCAGGAUCAGAAACCCCUGGGGAAGGUGCUGCUGGGGAGGAGCUUGGAUAGAAAGGUAGGAAUGUGGGUCACUCUUCAUGCUCUUAGGUUUAUACUUUAAAUGUGUGCAUAUGUACAAAGUCCUUUUUAGAACAUGUAUUGGGUAAAACAUGGUAUUGCCUAGGCCUGAAAUCGAAUUAAAAUGGAGCUGUUGAAAUGCAUCAUAAGAUAAAAUAGGACACCCUGGUGGCUCAUCUGACAAAAUUGUUCAACCUUUAUAGCGAUAGAGACACAAGAGUCUUAAGAUCUUAUUCCCUCUGCUCCCUGACACUUGUUUCUACAGUUUUCACUCUUCAAAAGAGCCAAGAAAUAUCCCUAAAAAGGAUGAUCGAAAAUGAAUUGUUAAGUGUAAUUGAUUUUACCACCAGGACUAUGAUUAAAUGUGCAGAUUGAGAGCAACGUCCACACCCAGAUAAAUUCUGACACCAGGAUUCAGGCCCCUCCCACUUUUUUUUCCUAUUUCUCUGCAGUGGUUCUGGUUGGAGUUCUAUCAGCUGUGUCACUGCUUCGGAGCUACAGUCCAGGGUGGCUGAAGGCGAGUUUUGGUUGGAUGAGACUGAAUUCAUGUCCCAGUUUGAUGAUGUCACCAUGGGCUACCCCAUCAGUGAAGAGGGCCACCUUAAAAGUAUCUAUACUGGUAAGUCCUGGAGGCUGUCUUUACAUACUCAAAAGCUUAGACUGUGACUUCAUUGGAGCUCCAUUUUCUAAUCCUCUCCUCUCUGACAGGAGAUCUGCUGACCCACAACCAUCAGAUAGCUGGCCGGUGGGUGAAAGGUCACUCUACAGGUGGCAGCCGAAACAGUAGCAGCUACAGCAGCAACCCUAAGUAUUGGCUCAAAGUGUGUGAGAGAGGAGAGGUAAUAGUAUCCCUGCUCCAGCAUAGAAAAUGGAGACAUACACAGAAAUACGCACAAACGCCACUGGAGAAUGGCGAGAACACAAAGCACCAGCAUUACCAGGCUAUCGCUCUGCACAUGUGGAAGGUUUGUGCUAUCAAUCAAAGUAGACAAGAUGUUUUUGUGUAUGUAUUUUUUUUUGAUCUUGUCAUUAAAUGUUUUUAUUGUUUCCAGGUGGAGAAGAAGCGUUUUAAUCUGAGCCGAUUGUUAAACAAACCUCCUUGUGCUUCUACUCACUGCCAUGCCUACGAGAGAGAGGUGGUACUGCACGAGCAGCUGGAGCCAGGGUACUACCUGCUGAUCCCCAGCACCUACCAGCCCGGAGCUGAGGCCCGCUUUCUUAUCAGGGUCUUUGCUUCUUCUUCCACUUCACUCUGGUGAGCAAUAGUAUGAGAAUCAGAAAACACAAGACAAGACGAGCCCCUAACAGGCAUUCAAAGAGGCUGUUAAAAAUACGCAAUAUAAUUUGAACUCAGUGAACUGGAGCAGGUAGUAUAUGUUUUCCAAUGGACGUGUUUGGCAAUAAAUCUUUAGUGACACCUGCUGGUCAUUUUAAAGAACAGCUUCAAAGUGUAAUCACUAUAUUAAACUUUUUAUCUCUUCUUACUGUUGCAACAUCACUUUUGCUGUUAACCCUUUCCUUUUUUAUUCCACAUAGAUGGAUUGUCCUGUUUCAGCAUCUCACCAUAGAAAGUGUUUGGUUAUUUUAAAGUUUGUAGUGCACCAAAUGAAAUGAUUUAUGACAUAUCAAUGCUGGUACCCCUCCUCAGUGCCCUGAAAAGCCCAGCAUCUUCACUGCCCUUAUCUAUCGAUGGAGAGUGGGAGACCAGCUACUUCCGGGGAUCGUGGGUGGAGGGAAGCACAGCUGGAGGAAGCAGGAACUUCCCGUCUUACUGGCAGAACCCGUGCUUCCCCUUCACUGUAUGUGCUGAGUCAACAGAGUCAUCAGGGGUUAAUGUCAGGAUAACUCUGCACCAGAGCCGCCCUGACACUGGUCUGCACCCUAUUGGCUUUCACAUUUACAAGGUCAGUCGAACACGAUGGGGAAUUGCACAUUAGUUGAAAGUAUGGGCUGUUUACCUCUGUGUAUGUUCUCAGUCAUAAUUAAUCGUAUCAGAUUAAUUAUACAAUAAAUUAAAAAAACUAUCAGAAAUAUUAUGAUUGAGAAAUAAUACAGAGCGUUAUCAGAUGUACACAACCCCCAUGUUAGGGAUAUUCAAACAUUACCUCUGCUGUUACAACAAGAGGUGUCUUAGACAGUGUGCAUUGUGAUUCUUCAUUCUGUAUCCAGAUCCAUGAAGCUGAGCCUGAGCAGACAUUACCCAGAGACAAAGACCCUGUAGCCAGCUGUGUCCCUCACUGCUACACCCAGGAUGUUAGUCUGACGUGCUGCCUGUCAUCUGGAGCUUACACCAUAGUGCCGUCCACCUAUCAGCCUGACUGCUCAGCAGACUUCACCCUCAGCCUUGCUCGCAAGAUACACAGGUAGACUCUUAUCCUCUGUUUCAGUUCUUUGAUUUGCAGUAGCCUCAGGUUUCUGAACGUCUUUGUUUUGUAUUCACUAUUGCUGUCUUUAUAUCAGGAAAGUGGUGAAAAGCCAGGAGAUGCUGGGAAGAGCCAUUCAGGAGGUGAGUUUAUUGGAGUAACUUAGCAGUAUGUUGAGUCUUACGAGGACUUUUAGACUGACACAUAAAUGUAAAUGUGUAUUUUUUCUAGUUUUAUUGAUUGUGGGAAAGAGAUGUUUAGGAACUGUAAAGGGGAUUAGCUACUUUUCUAAGUUUUCAGGUAACCUUGGGCCUCUAAGUGUGACAAUAUUUCAAAGAUUGUUGGUGAGAUGAGGGCAAAAAAAAGCCUUCAUGAACAUAUUUCAAAUUAAUUUGUAAGUCUGUGAUUGUGGUCAGAAGAUGGCAGCUCUGAGUAAUCUUUUGGUUCUGUCUGUCUGUCUCUUGUGUGUCUCCGGGCGGCAGAUCUCUCACAUCUCUCUGAUGCAGAGCUAGUUCUCUGGGACUGUUGCUGCUCCACUGACGUCGGCUCACCUCCCGGUGCCUCUUGGCCGAUGAUGAAAGAACCGGUUCCCCUGUCCACCCGCACCCCAGAAGCCAUGUAUGCGCACAUGUAUGUGUGUGUACUGUAUGCGCACUGUCAGAGGUGAAGGAGACAGACGGGCAGAUUUAGUGGGAAUCUGUGUGUUAGGAAUCCUUGAAAUCCCUUUAUCCUGAACCGCUGAGGCUCAGGGCUGAUGGGCAGCCACACACUCAUCAGCGAUUAGGACAUCAGAGGUUGUCGGUGGGCUGGGCUGCUAAUGAAGUAUGACGGGACUGGCUGGUGUAAACAAACAGCCGCCAUUGAAGAGGGCCGCUGCUGCUCUUGCUCAUUCACUCACUGGUGCGCCUGCCGGCCUGGAACAAAGGGCCCUCUCAUGAAGGUCCUCACAGAGGCACAGGGGGCAAGGGGCGAGGGGUUGGUCCCCCGAUGGCAGAGCCAACCAAACCACACAACACCAUACCGUGCCAUACCAUGCCAGAGCUGUCCUCCUGUCCCUCAUCAACCAUCCUGCAGACUCUCUGCUCUUAACCUAGCUUGCAGUAUUUGUCUGCUCCUCAUCCCUUAUAACAGUUACUCUGAAACCAAGCUCAUACCUAAGUAGUCCAAUCAGUUCCUGACUCCAUCCUCGCCUCACAGCUCCCUUCUUGUCCCCCCGGCUUGGUCCACAACUCCAUUUGGACCUGAACAGCGCUGCGGUUUGAUCUUGCCGCACGAACAGAUAACAAGCGGGUAGAUAAAGGGAUGAAACAAGGGAUGCGGCACAUCAGAGGAGGUCGGUUCAUAUGAAGGAGCUGCCAGUCCUUUUUGUGUUGGUGGUGUGUGUCUGCCCACUAGCACUCAUGUCUAUGGGGGGAAGUCACGGGGUUUCUGGUUAUUCAUUGGAGCCAGUGUUAACAGAGACUCUUACUAAGCUAUAAUUAACUUUACAGCUGUACUGUAUUGCAUUAAGUAUGUAUGAGGAUCAGAUAUGUUGAAUAAAAUGUUUAAACACAACCUGUGGUUUCUGCCUUUGUGUAU